GAGAAGUUGGAGACAAUGGACGCAUAGGGCCGAGGAGCAGAGCAGAGACGACAGCACGCCAGUCGCCUCACUUCCCCGCAACCCCCCAAGCCAUUCCCUCGAGCCCGUCCGCGGUUGACUGACCCGCUCCCGCUCCCGCUGCCGCCCGGGCCCCGCCCCUCCCGCCCCCACCCGCCAGCCACCGCGGCCGGGGCCACCCGCCGCCGCCGUCGCCGCGGCAGCAUCCGGCCGCCUGCCCCCUCCCGGCCCCGGCGGGGGAGUGGUCCGGUCCGGUGCGAGAGCGACCCGGGCGGGUCGGACUCGAGUUGGAGUCCGGGUCGGACCCGCGCGGAUGGUCGGUGGCGGCGGGGGUGCUGGCUGGGCGCGCAACCCUAACCGAGCGCUGCUCCUGGUGGCGGCCGGGCGCUAUAUUAGAUGCCGGGGGGCGGGAUCGGCGGGGGCGGCCCAGGCUUCGACUUCGACUUCGACUUCCCGGCGGUGAUCCAGGCGGCGCUCGUCGGCUUCGUGCUCCUCGCCGCCGCGGCCGCCGCGCUCCGCCGCGCCGCCUCGCGCUACUUCCUCGUCGACGCCGCGGGCUUCGCCGCCGCCUACGAGGACCACCACCACCACAUCGCGCCCGCCUACGCGAUGCCGCCCCAGGGGGAUCAGCAGCCGCCCCCCUCCUCGCCGCUGGGGCAGGGGGGGCAGCUGCAGGCCGCCGCGCCCGAGCUCGGGCCCUGCGCCCAGUGCGGCGCCGCCGGCACCAAGAAGUGCUCUGGCUGCAAGCGCAUGCGAUACUGUUCUGGAGAAUGUCAGUCAAAGCAUUGGCAAUCUGAUCACAAAUUCAAGUGCAAACAAAUGAAAUUAUUGGAUCCUAUUGACAAGUUACCCUGUGGAGUUGAGGCCAACAGUAAGAAGUCACCUGUCUCUGGCCAUCGUGGUAUCUCAUUAGUGCCUGGCCAUCGAAAAUUAAACAAGGUCAUCUAUCCUUAUGAUGAUUUUUUAAAGCUGUACAAUUGGAAGUGCAAUGAUUCGAAAUACAGCGAUUUUUUAACUUGUGGGCUUGUGAACUGUGGCAACAGUUGCUUUGCCAAUGUGGUUUUACAAUGUCUGUCAUACACAAGGCCACUUGUGGCCUAUCUAUUAGGAAAGGACCAUUAUAGGCAAUGUGCUAUAAGACAUGAAGAUUGGUGUUUCUUAUGUGAGCUGCAAUCUCAUAUUCAAAGAGCGUUUGAUAGUGUACACCCAUUUGCUCCCACGAACAUUCUUUCUCAUUUACCAAAUAUUGGUGGCAACCUUGGCUUUGGUAGGCAGGAAGAUGCUCAUGAAUUUAUGAGGUUUGCAAUAGAUAAGAUGCAAUCAGCUUGCCUUGACGAAUUUGGAGGUGAGAAGGUCGUAGAUCAUAGCACCCAGGAGACAACUGUUAUUCAGCACAUAUUUGGCGGUCGUCUGCAAUCUCAGGUUCAGUGUACUGCAUGUGGUAUGGUCUCAAAUCGCUAUGAGAAUAUGAUGGACUUGACAGUUGAAAUUCAUGGUGAUGCUGAAUCCUUGGAAAAAUGCUUGGAUCAGUUCACUGCUAUAGAGUGGCUUGAUGGGGACAAUAAGUACAAAUGUGAUGGAUGUAAUGACUAUGUUAAAGCACGGAAACAUCUCACAGUUCAUCAAGCUCCAAAUAUACUCACUAUUACUCUCAAAAGAUUCCAGAGUGGUAGAUUUGGAAAACUGAACAAGAAAGUCACAUUCCCUACGAAGUUAGAUUUAACUCCAUACAUGAGCACCACUGAUGGAACUGACCAGUAUGAUCUAUAUGCUGUCGUUGUUCAUCUGGAUAUGCUGAAUGCUUCGUUUUUUGGGCAUUAUAUAUGCUACAUAAAACAUUAUCGAGGACGUUGGCUUAAAUUGGAUGACUGCAAGGGGAUGGCUGUUGACGAGGAGGAAGUACAUGCUCAAGGUGCCUAUAUGCUUCUAUAUAGCAGGAGAACAGCUCGUCCUGUACCACUUCUUCCAGUCAAAGAACCAAUAAAACAGGAGAAACAGUGCAAAGUGCCUCCUUUAAAUGGACAAAAUCAUUUGAUACCUGAGGAUGUGUCAUUAAAAUGUGAAUCAUUGUCAAAGCCUUCAGAGGAUCUACGAGAAGAUUCUGAAUCCAGCAAUGACUCUCUGCAUAGAAUGGAUACCGUCGACCAGGUAUCAGACCUGGAUUUGCAUAUGAACAUUGAGAGAGACAAAUUCGUUACCAAUGAAAGUAUACAUCAGCCAAUUUCAUCGGCAUUACAUGUCCUUGAAGAAGAUACUAGAGACUCAGGUUCUCUGUUAGAAGGCAACAAUACCAUGAGAGCUGACCAAUUUGGCAAUUAUGCAUGUGAAUCCUCUUCAGUUAAUUCCUCUGAAGAGGAAUGCAAGGAACCUGCCCCAGGUAUUGAUUCAGUUGACUACAUGGAUAUUGAUAUGGAAGCUGGAACAGAAGUUGAAACACAGAAUGUGCAACAACAACCUAUCUUAGGUGAUUCAGUUGGAGUGAUAGGCAACAAAACAUCAGUCCCAACCUUUGAGAAUUGUAUGGCAGGAAAACCAAAACCACUCUUUUCUAUUGGUUUCCUUGACAAACCCUCAAGAAAGAAGUCCGACUCUAGGGAAGAGUGUCAAAAUGGUGGCAGCAUGGCAGUUUCCUCCCAAAAAAUAGAUGGUCAUUGUAAUGAACAUCUCAGCAGGCCAGAGCAAGGACUUAUUGCCAACUCCCUUGGCGGCAGCCCAUCCUCAGCAAAUGGAAGUGUACAUUGCAAUGGGGACGUGUUUGUGACUCCUAGCAACGGAGUUCUUGUCAAUGGUGAUACACAAUCCGACAAUUAUUCCUUGGAUGCAGCAAAGAGAGAUGUACCUUCUGUUAGGGGAUUUAAUCCAAGGCCUUACAGAUCACCAUCAAGCAGCAACCCAAAUCGGAAUAAUACAAGCAAAGGGGAAAUGUCAUUCUUCCCACGUGGUUUCCUUGCAAAUCCUCGUUCUGGAGAGAAAGCAGUCAAAGUUGAUGAUGGGUUGCCAUUUAGUAAUGGAAAUGGCAAACCAUCAUCAUCAUCCUCUGUGAAUGGCAACGGCAUAUCAAAUACCAAUUCUUCACCUCGAAGCACCACAGGUGGCAUGGGCAUGUCUCCUGGAUUCCUUGCGAAGCGUUCCAGGGAGUCUGCAGCUGCAAGCUUUAUGGGUGAUCUGCAGAGCAGUAACACUUCCAGGGAGCAAGAACAUGUUGGUGCUGCAGCACUACUACCUGACAAGAUACAAGAAAGGCGGAGUUCCUAUUGCACCACAAAUGGCAUUGAUGCCCAACAUGGAGCAGCUUCCGUUCAUGAUGUGAGUGGUCACAGUGAUGAAAACGGGCACGCAUUCGUGGGCACCAAGAAGGGCAUCCAUGGUGAAAAAAAUGGUAGCAAUGGAACCCUUGAUAUGCAUGACAGCAGUUGCCAAAUGGAUGAAAACGGACAUGGAGUUCUGGAUAUCAAAGAUGUCGUCUUCAGAGAACAAAAUGUCAGCAAUGGAACUCUCGAUACGCAUGGCAUGGGGUCCGAAGAUGCUGACCACGUCGUCAAGUCACCCGCCGCUCCUGCCCAUGACGGUCUGCGAUGAAGAUUAACCACCUCAAAAUAUUUUGAUGAGAGUAGCAUGGACGAGCAAUGAAAGCUGAAGGUAGAUAACCCGAAGAGGAGCCAUGGGCAAGGAAGUGGUAGAAGUGGCUGAUUGGAUAGGUUACCUGCCAUUGCAAAAAUUGGAUGAUACAGUAGUAGUUUUGCCUCCCCUCCACCAUUUUUGGUGUCCCUCGUGGCUCCCACUUGUCAGAGGGGUGGAGGGGUGUCUCUGGGCCUCCACACAAUUUGCAGAGGCUCAGAUGCUCCCCUGGUGCCAUGUUUCUCUCCCUUGUUGCCAUUAUUGCUAGGUACAUAGCAGAGUCUAGGCUUACCUUCUUUUCGUUUACCUUGUUAGCUUGAAUAAACACAAGUGCUGACUUGCUUUGUCAUGGAAGCUUAAUCAAUCAAUUGUAGAGGAAAUGAUCUGAUUGUGUUGUUCACUUUAGUUUCUUCA